CGCAGCAAUGAUCAGUUAAAUUAUGAAUUUUUACUGUAUAUAUAGUCCCCGCCGUAAGCUGCGUCUCACCCCAUCUACUACGGACACGAGUGGACACGACUGAUCACUAGUCUCAGUUUCAAUAAUCCUCCCUUUCUGACGAACAGCAGUCUUGUUGUACUUUCAUCUUCAUCAUGAAACUCGCGUCUACCCUUGUGCUUUCAUUCAUCGCCAGUGCGCAAGCAGCAACAACAAUUUCUAGCUUGGUCCUGCCCAGUGGAAUCCCAGGGUAUGUGACUUUCUCUUUAUACCUAUUUCUCUUCAAAAACUCAAUCAAAACCAAAAUACUCUCGACGUAUAGAUCAAGCGGCCUGCCUUUUAGUACCGUCUCUUUUGACACCACAGCUGCUACCUCGGUGCUUUCCUCGCUUUCCUCUGUCUACUCUGCCGAGUCAUCAGCUGUGCAGAGCGUGCUCUCAUCCUUCACCGUAACGUCUCCUGCGUCCAGUGGGUCUACAUCGACGAGCGCGCCAGCGGCGACAACCUCGAGCGCUGCGGGACGAACAGAGGCAGGGCUAGGGUUGGGGUUAGCUGCGGGAGCUGCUGCAGGCUUCCUUGGGUUCGUGUUCUAAAUAAGAACAUUUUCGGUGGAGAUGCAUGUAUUCAUGCCGAUUGGGAGACACGUCCAGGGGUAAAGUUGGGAGGUCUCACGUCCAUGUGUACUGCGGGGCAACUGCGGGCCCGGGAAGUGCAUUUAGUGUAUUUUAUUUAUCUGACGGUAGCUGUGGAUGGCAGGAUAUUCGAAAUAGACUUUGACGGGCGUCCGACGUGCCUACUUCCCUCAGGUUGUUUUCCCAGGGAACAACAAGUUGUGUCGGUCAGGUUAUAAAGGGAUCGGUUCCUCUGAGUCGGAAUGAUGUCUAUAUCAAAAAGUUGGUGUUAG